CGAAAGCUUUAAAGAAUAUGGUUUCAUUCACUAAUAUAGCAGGAAUUCUUUCUAUAGUGAGUUCCGCAUUUGCUGCAACUGCUACUACUUGUAAUCCAAUUAGUAGUUCUAAUUGUAAUCCGGAUCCGGCUUUAGCCACUGAUAUUACUGAAUAUUUUACUUCUAACUCAUCUAACUUUGAUGUUAAAUCCACUCCAACUGGGGUCGAUUUAAGUGAUGAUGGGUUAAAACUUACCCUAAACAAAAGAUUUGAUAAUCCUAUUUUAAAAUCAAAUUUCUAUAUAAUGUAUGGACGUGUUGAAGUUCAUUUAAAAGCUGCAAAAGGUAAAGGGAUUGUUUCUUCUUUUUAUUUACAAUCAGAUGAUCUUGAUGAAAUUGAUAUUGAAUGGUUAGGUGGUGACGACACUCAAUUCCAAUCUAAUUACUUCUCAAAAGGUGAUACUACUACUUAUGAUAGAGGUGAAUACCAUUCUACUUCUGGUGCUCCUCAAGAUGAUUAUAAUAAUUACACCAUCAAUUGGACUGAAGAUCAAAUUGUUUGGUACUAUAAUGGUAAUGCAGUAAGAACUUUGAAAUCGGAUAAUGACGAAGGUUAUCCUCAAACCCCAUCCUAUAUCAUGAUUGGUAUUUGGGCUGGUGGUGAUAGUUCAAAUGCUCCAGGUACUAUCGAAUGGGCUGGUGGCUCUACCGAUUAUAAUGAUGCUCCUUUCUCAAUGUACAUCAAUAAGUUGUUAAUCAGUGAUUAUUCAACCGGUUCAGAAUACUCCUAUGGUGAUCAAUCUGGUGAUGCUUCUUCCAUUAAAGCAAAAAAUGGUGAAGUUAAUGGUAGAGAAUCAAAAGCUGAUAUCACUGCUGCUGAUAAAACAACCGAAUACGAUGGUGAUGACUCAAGCUCUUCUUCCUCUUCCUCUUCCUCUUCUUCUUCUUCCUCUUCCUCUUCUUCUUCCUCUUCUUCCUCAUCUUCUUCAUCUUCUUCCCCAUCUUCCUCUUCUUCAUCAUCUUCUUCUUCAUCUUCCCCAUCUUCCUCUUCCGACUCUUCCUCUUCUUCCUCAUCCUCCGCUUCAUCUUCUAAACCUUCCAGCUCGAGUAAGUCUGAAUCUUCUUCUAAAUCUGACUCCUCCUCCAAAUCUGACUCUUCUGAUUCAUCCUCUGGCUCUUCAUCUUCUGAUUCCAGCUCCUCCUCCGAUUCUUCUAAUUCCUCUGGCUCUUCUGGCUCUUCGGGUUCCUCUGGCUCCUCAGACUCUUCUAGCUCCUCUAAAUCAUCAACUCCAUCUUCAGUUCAAUCCUCUAAUAAUGCCUCUUCUUCAGCUUUUAAAUCUAGCAUUUUAGCAGUUAUUGCUUCAUACUUUCUUGCUUUAAUUAUUUAAUUUUAAUUUCUUACAUAACUUAGAUUCUAAAAGUUCGUUUAUUAAUGAUUACAGGUUCAUAUUUUAAAUAUAAAAGAU